AUGGCGUUCUCCGACCACGUUUCUAUCUCGAAUUGCUCUAUCCAAACCGGAGAUGAUUGCGUGUCCAUCCUAUCUGGCACCAGCGAUGUUGUUGUCACUAACAGCAUGUGUGGGCCUGGUCAUGGCAUCAGCGUGGGAAGCCUUGGAGCUGAUGGUACAACAGCACUUGUGGAAAGGAUUACAGUAUCCAACUGCAGCUUCUCCAAAACUAUGACUGGUGUGAGGAUCAAAUCGUGGCAGGGAGGCAAUGGCAAAGCAAAUGGGUUCCUUUUCGAGAACCUCGACAUGACUGAUGUCCAAUUUCCUAUUGACAUUGACCAGUUUUAUUGUCCCCAGGGAAAUUGUCCGCAACAGGAUAGCGCUGUGGCCAUAUCUGACGCCAAGUUCAUCAACAUCCAGGGGACAUCCUCCAACCCCGAAGCCAUCCAGAUUCUGUGCAGCAAGAGCGUGCAGUGCCACGGCAUCUAUCUCUACAAUGUCAACCUGACCUGCUCUGGGCAUACCGCCCAAGCACGAGCCACUAUUUUAAAUGCCUACGGAACCAUUGGGGGCACGGUGAAACCACAAGUACAGUUCCUGGGUGCUUGAUAAAGAGUAGUCUCCGCUGUGAACACCCAUAAUAUGUCUAGAGAGGUAGACAAAGGGGCGGUGCAAUGCUACUGUACGUAGAUCAGUGCCAUGUAAGG